AACGCCCAUGGGAACAGGUGUUAAAAGAUGGCAAGAAGUAACGAUCAAUAUGGGCUACCUCACCGACCUCUCAACACUUUGAACAGAGAUCGAGGGUCAAAUGAUGGUACGAAAACGCCGUCUCGACUAUCUCAUCAGCAAGGCUCGGGGUAUCAAACACCUUCACUACCGGAUCGAUCCUCCCCUUGGACUGAAGAAACUCGAUAUAGUCCUCAACUUGGUGAUUCGAGUUCCCUUUUUUCAGACUCUAUUGCAUCUUCGGCCGUGAAAGAGAUUCCACAUGUCGACUUGACGACAACGCCACAAAAUCUUCCGCCCAGACCCAAACCCAAACCCGUCAGCCGCGCGACCUCUGAGACACCAAGCGUUGUAUCCGUGGACUCAACCGAGUCUUUUGCCUCGACUGCCAGCGACUUCUCCACACUGUUUCCAACGGGCUCGCGGCCAGGAAAUAACGGGAUGGUGACGGAAAGAGAACCCCCACGGCCAACGACACAAGCUGCCAAUACUUCAAGCCUACUCAAUAACAAGCCUCAGCUGGCCGGCGGCAAACCAGAAUUUGGAAUACCAAGUCCGUUGCGAAACUCUCUUCAUUCAAAGGUCUUCAAUCAGCCAAAACCCUUUCAGAGACGCCCUGAGCAUCACCGUCCCCCGCCUUCGCAGGGCCCCAAGAGUACGCUUCCAGGUCAAGACCCUAGAUCUCGAAUUUCUCCCAAGUAUGCUGCCCCUGAUGGCAGGGGAUCAGAAUCGAUAAUCCGGCCGGGGACGAAUAGGACAGCCAGUUCGAAGCCUAUUGCUCCGCCUACUUUUGCCUCGAUGGGUGGAGAAGACUCGCCGUUCAUGGUGAAGGAUCCUAGAGUGAAGCCCAAAAAUAUCAUCGAUCUUACUGGUAGCACAGAUGAAUUCAAUCCUGAUGCUUGUCUUUACAGCAACAAGUUUGGCUCUGAAGACCCAUAUGCCUAUGUGGACACUGCUAAGGCAAACGAGAAUAUAAAGGCAUUGCUGGAAGGAGCUUUCGAGGAUGAGGAUGACGGAAAAGCGGCAAACCAGUCUGCGAGAAGAAAGAAACUAAACCAGGCUGCUGACAGCCUUGCCGACCAGCUUCAGGGACUAAGCGUGAAGGGCCAAGAAAAUGAUGAGCCCGAUGGGGCUGAAGACGACGAGGAAAACGAAGAAAAUGAAGCGACCGUCGAAGGAUUGGAUGUCCAGCUCUUGCCACAUCAGGUUAAGGGCGUGAGUUGGAUGAAGAAUAAGGAAAUUGGAUCUGCCAAGAAGAAUGGAAUUCUACCUAAAGGCGGAAUUCUGGCUGAUGAUAUGGGUCUGGGAAAGACUAUACAAUCGAUUGCCCUGAUUUUAUCUAAUCCUAGACCAGAACCUCUACCCUCCGAAAAUGAUAAACAGCCUCACAAAUCAGUUGAUAAGGGAACUCUGGUGGUGGCACCUCUUGCUUUGAUCAAGCAAUGGGAAGAGGAAAUAGAAAAGCGCGUUCUCCCUUCCCACAAGCUUCGCGUGUGCCUUCAUCAUGGGCCCCAACGGACAAAGUACUAUCAAGACUUGAAAAAGUAUGACGUCGUGAUUACUACUUACAACAUCCUGGUCUCUGAACAUGGUGGUUCUGAUGGAGCUUGCUUUGGUGUUAAGUGGCAUCGAGUUAUCCUUGAUGAGGCCCACACAAUCAAAAACCGAAAUGCAAAAGCGACACAAGCAUGCUACGCGUUGAGAGCAGACUACAGGUGGUGUCUCACAGGCACCCCUAUGCAGAAUAACUUGGAAGAACUCCAGAGUCUAAUUAAAUUUCUGAGAAUCAAGCCCUAUGAUGAUCUUAGCAUCUGGAAAGAUCAAAUUCAACGGCCGAUGAAAAACGGGCGCGGUGGUGUUGCCAUUAAACGGCUGCAAUUUUUCCUUAUGGCAUUCAUGAAACGACGAACUAAAGAUAUACUGAAGCAAGAAGGGGCCCUUAACCCCGGCGGUAAACCAAGUCAAAAAAAAACAACCAAGACUGGAUUCAAAAUUACGAAGCGACAAAUUGAAAAAGUGGAAGUGGACUUUUCUCCCGAGGAGCGCCGAUUGUAUGAUCGAUUGGAGGAGAGAGCCGACAGUAGUCUUGAGAAGUUGUUACAAGGCGAAAAGGUCAAUUAUGCAAGCGCCUUGGUUUUACUUCUGCGACUUCGCCAGGCUUGCAAUCACCCUGAGCUCCUAGGGAAAAGUAUCUCGAAAGAUAAAGAUGCGCUUUCCACAAGCAACCCCGCGCCUGCUCAGACCCCCCGGAAGCAACGAACACCCGAUAACCAAGACGUCGAUGACAUUGCCAACCUCCUCGGAGGUCUCAGUGUCGCCGUAAAACGAUGUGAUAUUUGCCAGCUUGAACUGAAAUCUUCCGAAGUGUCUCAAGGCUCGGUCCGAUGCGCCGCAUGCGAGGAAGAUCUUGCUGUUCAUUCUGGCAAGAAGAGCAAGAAGUUGAGGGGUCAUUUACGAAGAACCACGCUUGAAAGCCAUAACCCUGAUGACUCGCCCCUUCGCCGUGUCAACGCGAAGAAACAGAAAGAUAAAGCGCACCAACGAAGACAAAAAUUGCAGGUACUCGAUAGCGACGAUGAGGAAGAGGAUGGCGACUGGCUUGUGCCCGAAGGCCAGCGUGAAUCCCUUCGACUAGGAAAAGCAGGUGGAACUGAUGAUGAAGACGCAGAAGGUGGGGGCGAUUGGAUCGGAUCUGAAGACUCUUCAACUGAAGAAAGCGGCGAUGAUGAAAGCGAUGCUGAUGGAGAUUCGGGUAAAAGACGAAGGGGCCAGCUCAAGCACCAUCAAAAAUCCGCCCAGCAACCCGCGUCCGACAGCGAUGAAGGAUCUGACAGCGACAGUGAGGUCUCGGCCAGUGAUGAUGAAAAGCAGUCAUCUCCUGGCGCUUCCGCCAAGAUUCGAAGUCUCAUUCACAUCCUUCAUCGCGAGUGCGACGAGCACAAGUUUAUCGUCUUUUCUCAAUUCACUUCCAUGCUGGAUGUACUAGAACCAUUUCUUAGGGAGGAGGGUAUCGUCUUCACACGUUACGAUGGUAGUAUGAGGAAUGAUAUGCGAGAAAUGAGCUUGGACAGAUUGCGGAAUGAUCGGAGGACACGCGUUCUUCUCUGCAGUCUGAAAUGCGGUUCCUUGGGUUUGAACCUUACUGCUGCCACCAGAGUUGUCAUCUUGGAACCUUUCUGGAAUCCAUUUAUAGAAGAGCAGGCCAUUGACCGUGUUCAUCGUCUUACUCAGACCAUUGAUGUUAUUGUCUACAAGAUUACUGUCAAGGACACUGUUGAGGAAAGAAUUCUCGAGCUGCAGGAAAAGAAGAGGGAGCUUGCAAAUGCGGCAAUUGAAGGCAAGGCGGUUGGUAACUUGGACAUGAGGGACAUUAUGCGACUCUUCGGACGCGAUGCCGAGCGCCAUCAUGUCGUAGAUUCCAAGGCGACAAUUGGCACGCCGGUGAGGGUCCUCAGCCCUACCAAGGAGAACGGCCGCUAUCCCGUUCCAGACACAAGCACACAAGCCAAGAGACUCUUCCCGGCAAAGAUGGAGAAGCCGAAGAGUAUGCAGGAGCACUCAGUUUUCGGUAGGCGCUGGUAAGUUGGUUGGACAUAAGGUGGAGCCAUGAACGGCAAUUCCAUACCCGGAAGUUAUUACUGUUUAUGCGGAGCUGGAGUUAGGUUAUGGGUAUUAGAUACUGGGAGCAGGCAUCAUUUACAGAAAGCCUUUGUUUGUAUUCAAUGGGGAGGGGUGCUUUCUUAUACUAGCCU